UUUAUAGGACCGUAGAGGUGUUUUAUGAGGGGUUUAGUGCGAUGUAAUGUCAAUUGAACCGAUUGGAAAGGCCAAUUAUGGGCCACCAAGGCGUCUUUUAGAUGAUGACGAGAUAUUUCUAUUAGAAGAGCUUGAUAUAGUGAGAAACAGGUCGAUAGAAGAGGAGAAUAUAGUAGAGGAGAGUAAGGAGUGGUUUGAUGGGGAAAAAAGUCCAUAUAUUAAGUGUAAAGACGAUAUAUUAGAGGAAAAAGAUAUAGAGCUUCGUAGCACGUUAUCUCGUGCAGAAUUGUUAGUAGGACGGUUAACUAGUAGUGGGGAUGAGUAUCUGGAUAUAGAGGUAGAUUCGCUGGGCGAAGAAAAGGUGGAUCGGAAUGGAUAUUUAAAAGGAGGACGUAAAUAUAAUGGUAAAACAUUUGAGGUAGUAGGGCAUGGAAAACGAUUAUUUAUGCUUGGAACAGAGGUGGCAAGAAUUAUGAAUUAUAGGGAUUCAUAUCUUCUUUUUUUGAAGAACAAAACGCUUCGAAAAAUUAUGAUAUCACAAGAAGAAAAAUAUGAUCUAAUUUCAAAAGAAAUCAUUCCAUAUUCCUAUAGAUCAAGACAAAUUGCAAUUGUAAGUGCACGAAGCGUAUUUAGACGUUUUGGUAGUCGUGUAAUUGUUUCAGGAAAGCGUGGAAAAGAUGAUUAUUUUGAACAAAUGGCAAAAGAUGCAGGUAUACCUGUUGAAAAGUAUAUAGAAGAUAGUGAUCGACAUAAAUACCCGGUUUUACUACAACCAUCAAUACCUACAGUUAAAAACGAUGAUCAACAAGCAGAAAUACAGCCAUAUAAGUCAACUGUCUUACUCAAUUCCUUCUAUAACGCAAAUACUACUCCUUCACCGAUCUUCAAUAUUGCUCAACAUGCAAAAUCUGCUGUAGAAUUCAACAAACAAAUAACUAUUCAAAGAAAAGAAAGGGAGCAUUGUUUUCAUAAGCAUUUUUACAAGCGUUAAUUUUUUAAAAAACACUUCACUCAUUAACUAUCUUCUCAACAUAU